CGCCUCACGCAAGGAAGAGGGCACCCAUCGUUAUAAACCUGUUUUACAAGAAUGGGGUACAUUUGCAUGUGACGUAACGCCAUGAUCAAAGGACGGAGACAGUACUGCCAGGCACGGGACAGAUCUGACCGCCUGCGACUUCAAACACUCGUCCGAAGACUUCGUCAUGAUACGUUUGCAGGUGCAGCUGGCCUUGGUGCUGAUCGCCGCCCUGGUCCUGCAGUCGGAGGCCUGGCUUUGGUGGUCAAGAAGAAGCAGUCGGCGUACAUCUACCUCGGUGUGCCGGCGGCCUCCAACCGGACAAGGCGUCGUGCGGAAAGGUUGUAGCUGGCCGUACCAGGAGGGGGAGACCUGCGACUUCGAGUGUCGGGACGGCUACAGGAGGACAUCUGGCGACACCAGCCGGGACUGCAACGGCGGCACCUGGACCGGACAACCCCUGGUCUGCGAGUACACCGGGUGUGACCGACUACCGUACAUUCGCGGGUCUUCGCGCACGGGUUGCAGGUGGCCUUACGAGAACGGAGACAGCUGCAGCUACACCUGUUGGAAUGGCUACACUGCGGUGUCUGGAGACUCCGUCAUCACCUGUAACAACCGUACCUGGUCCGGAACACCGCUCAUCUGCGUGUACACUGGAUGCCCUCGGCCAUCUUUCACCUGGUACAGCACGAUACAGGGUUGCUGGUGGCCUUACGUGAACGGAGAGAACUGCAGCUACACCUGUCGGGACGGGUAUUCUGCGGAGUCCGGGAACUCCACCAUCACCUGUGUUGACGGCGCCUGGUCUGGGACCCCGCUGCAGUGCCGACGUACCUCUGGAUGUGACUCUCCCCCUCGACGUUUCGGCUCCUGGGGACCCAAGACCUGCCGCUCGCCGUACGAGGAAGGGGAGACGUGCACGUUCACCUGCCGCCGCGGGUAUGAGCAGCAGUCAGGGAACACCUCCACCACCUGCACCGGCGGGCAGUGGACCGGAGACCCGCUGGUCUGCACGUACACUGGCGGGAGCUGGCGGGGCUAAUACCUCUACACCAAGCGUGGAGCCAGCAAAGUCGCCACAACAUGUCACCGGUAUUCUUGUAUUAUUAGAGUACAGUAAUUAGUCAACUAGCGGAGAUUAUGUCACUUUCCUAAAUAGACAAAUAUCAUUUUUAUUGCAUAUUCCUGCCUAGAUGGGCUAAAUGCAUAUGUGACCAUAUGUGAUCCAGAGGAUGUAAAACAUGGAAUAUAGAACACUGAAAUGCUAACGCUAACGCUAAUGCUAAAUAAUAAAGUAAUAAAUGUCUGUGUAUUAAAACAAUACUAUGUACUAUUGUUCAUCUACUGUUAAUCACAGUUUCUUUGAAUUCUCUCUUUUGAAACACAUGAAAACAUAACUACAUAAUUUGUUUACUACAUGUAUAUAUUCAUUCCUGCAUAUGGCAUAAGGUACGUGCGAGUAUCUGAAUUACCUAAUAUAUACUUAAAUUUACUGAAUAUACGUAAAUUCUAAUUAUGUCCAACUAUAUCAUUAUUUUCGUAAUAACCGACUUAAUGGGUAUUAAACGAAGCAUUUGAAGCUUCUAUAAUCUAGCAGCAAAGAGUCAUUCGUUCUCGACGAAUAUGUUCAUUUAAACUAUUGUAUUCAAUAUUAUUUAUUGCACUCAAGUAGUUAAAAUUACACAAUAAAGGUGAUGAAAAUGGC